CAGCUUCCAAAUACAGUUUCAUUGACAAGCUGGUCAGACAUUUUGGGAAAAGUCGUGGUUUCUAUAAAAGAACAAAAAAGUACUUAAAAUACGAAAGAUGACGACAGAAUUAGCUUUAAAAGAACGCGGCCAUUUGUACAAAAACAAAGGAAAAGAUGCUGAUGAAAUGCGUAGAAGAAGGACUGAGGUUACAGUUGAACUUCGCAAGAACAAAAGAGAGGAGCACAUGUUAAAACGCAGAAAUGUUCCAUUAACUGCCGACAGUACUGACAGUGACGAUAGUGUGCGACCUUCGACCCAGUCUUUGCAAGAUAUUGUCCAGAAUGCAUACAGCUCUGAACCAGCAGUGCAACUGAAUGCUGUUCAGGCAGCUAGAAAAUUAUUGUCUAGUGACAGGAAUCCACCUAUUGAUGACUUGAUUGCAUCUGGUAUACUUCCCAUACUUGUAGAUUGCUUGACGAAGGAAGACGAUGACCCAUCAAGGCCAUCACUACAGUUUGAAGCAGCAUGGGCAUUAACAAAUAUAGCAUCUGGCACAUCAGCACAAACAAGGGCAGUUGUUGAAGCAGGUGCUGUGCCUCAUUUUCUAAGACUUUUACAGUCUGACCAGCAGAAUGUUCAAGAACAGGCAGUUUGGGCUCUUGGUAAUAUUAUAGGUGAUGGGCCUCAGUGCAGAGACUAUGUUAUCAGCCUGGGAGCUGUGAAACCUUUGCUGGAAUUUAUCAACCCUAAUAUACCACUCCCAUUCUUACGUAACGUGGCUUGGGUAAUUGUAAACUUGUGUCGGAACAAGGAUCCCCCACCACCUGUUGAUACCAUACAAGAAAUUCUACCCGCGCUUUGUGUGCUUAUUCACCAUCAAGAUAUAAAUAUUCUUGUCGACACUGUAUGGGCACUGUCUUACCUUACUGAUGGUGGCAAUGAGCAAAUACAAAUGGUGAUAGACUCUGGUGUUGUACCUUUCUUAGUGCCUCUCUUAAGUCAUGUUGAUGUAAAAGUUCAGACAGCGGCAUUAAGAGCUGUGGGGAAUAUAGUAACAGGCACAGACGAACAGACGCAAACAGUCCUAGCAUGUGACGCACUUUCACAUUUCCCUUCUCUUCUUACACAUUCAAAAGAAAAAAUAAAUAAG